AUGUAAAACUCAUAAAGCGAAUUGGGGCAACCUGAUCCCUGGUCAUUGUAUUUGCCGUACGACAACAAAUACGAACUCCAAGGAUGUUGCUUCAAGACUCGACCUCAUUGGAGAGACAUGAAAGGUAUCAAAGCAUUAACAACAAGAUAGAACUAUCAUUACAAAUAUUUAAGAUCACGAAUUACCAGAUAACACGAUCAGAACCUGCAAAUACACUCUAUGGACAUUUCUUCCUUUGAACUUAAUGGAAUAAUUUUCAAAGAUGGCAAAUAUCUAUUUUUUGAUCGUCGGAUAUUUGGAAACUAUAGAUUUAGUAUCGAUUACUGAUGGGUAACCUGUUAUCUGGUUUCCUUUGUUUGUAGUCAUUGCAAUAUCAGCAUUUAAAGACUUUUUAGAAGAUCAUAAGAGAUAGCUUUCUGAUCGAGAUGAGAACAAUAGGUAUUCAAUGUUAUGAUUCAAUUCAAGAAUAGCCUUAGUGUUGACACCUUACGGGUUGGUUGAAAAGAAAUGGUAGCAAAUAUUGGUAGGAGACAUCAUCAGAAUAGAAUAAGGCGAAUAUUUCCCUGCUGAUGUGAUAGUCAUCAAAACUAGUGAAAAAGGGUCUUGUUUCAUUGAAACCAAAAAUCUAGAUGGAGAAACCAACCUUAAAAUCAAAAAAUAGCAUAAAGGACUUUAAUUCACCAGGAAUUUAAAUGAUUAUCUAUUACAAAAAGAGCACAUUCUAGUCCACUAUGAUAAACCCAACCCUUAUCUAUAUAAAUUCAAUGGUACAAUCACGAUGCCUCCUGAUCACAAUAGCGAUGGAGAUUAGUCAAGAGAUUCAAUUAUUAAUUACGAUGCCUAACAUAGAAAAGUCCAUUAAUUGGAUGAAGUCAACUUUAUUCUUAGAGGGUGUUCACUGAGGAACACUCAUUGGAUAUAUGGUUUGGUUGUCUAUACAGGAUUUGACACUAAGAUCAUGUUAAAUUCCACCAAGGCCAGACCUAAGUCAAGCACCUUAGAAUCACAGAUGAAUUUCUUUAUUAUUCUAGUAUUUUUUAUGUAAAUUAACAUGAGAUUAAAAUAGAUAAUUAGUAAUCUGCUUGUUCUCAGCUUAAUAUUCAGUGUUUUGGUAAUUAGAUAAUUUUAUGGACAUUCCCUAUUUGGAAUUGGACGAGAAUGAUCUUUAAACUAACAUAGUUUUUAGAACAAUGGAAAGAUGGGGAACUUGGUUAUUGAUUUAUACUAAUUUUGUUCCAAUAUCUUUGUUAGUGACUCUAGAAAUGGUAUGAAAAUAAUUUGGUAUCUAGUGUAGGUUAAAUAUUUACAAGGUAUGAUGAUAGAAAAUGAUAAUUAGUGUAAGUCAUAAAAUCAUAGAACCGAAGUGCAAACUUCAAAUCUAAAUGAAGAAUUGGGUAAUGUCAAAUAUAUGUUCACUGAUAAAACGGGAACUAUUACAAAGAAUUUGAUGGAGUUCAAAACCAUAUCAAUACAUGGGAAAUCAUACGGGAAUGUUAGUAAUAGAAGUUAAAUUUUAAACAGUGAUGACAUAACACACAUGCCUUAAGUGACCAAUGUGGACUUUAGAGACAAACAACUAUUCAAUGAUUUAAAUUAGAAUGACGACCACUCUAGAAGAAUAGUAGAAUAUUUUAUGCAUCUUGCUUUAUGUCAUACAAUAUUAGUGGAAUACGAGUAAGGCAAAAUUAAGUAUAAUGCAUCUUCACCAGAUGAACUAGCCUUACUUAUGGGAGCAAAGUUUUGUGGAUUUGAGUAUGUAGGGUUGGAUGAUGGAAUGAUGAUUGUCAAGUAUAAAGAUUAGUUGUUAAAAUAUAAGUUAUUAUAAGUGUUGGAGUUUAGUUCAGCAAGAAAGAGGAUGUCUGUUAUCGUUUAAGAUUAGAAUGAUCAAAUUAUGUUACUAUGUAAGGGAGCUGAUUCAAUGAUAAUCAAUUUGCUCGAUAAAUCGAAUAGAUAAAAUUAGGAGUUAUUGUCAAUCACAGAGUAACAUUUAGAGUAAUAUGCUGAAAAGGGAUUGAGGACUCUACUGUUGGCAUAAAAAGAGUUGAGCAAAUAGCAAUAUGACGAAUGGAUUAAUAAAUAUCUCUAGGCAGGUUUAACGACUAUUAAUAGGGAAGAAUAGUUGCUAAGUUUAUAAGAUCAAAUAGAAACUAAUCUUGUUUUGAUUGGAGGAACUGGAAUUGAAGACAAGUUAUAAGAUGAUGUUGGUAGUACCAUGUAGAAAAUAUUGAAUGCAGGCAUUAAGAUAUGGGUAUUAACAGGAGAUAAAUUAGAAACUGCUAUAAAUAUAAGUUAUGCUUGUAAUUUGUUGAAUGAUUCUCAAUAAAAAAUUGUGAUUUAAUCAGAUGAUUAAUUUGAAGCCUAGUUUAAAAUAAACUCAGGUUUAGAUUUAUUAAAAACUCAAUUCUAAAACCAUUCAACUGCUUUAAUUAUUUCUGGUGACUCUUUAAUCCAUUUAGAUGAAAAGUAUCUCAUUAAACUCAUAGAGUUGGCUAAAUAAUGUCAUACUGUUAUAGCUUGCAGAGUAUCCCCCAAAUAAAAGUAAGAAUUAGUGCAAUUAGUGAAGGAUAACAUAUACAAUAUAGUGACUAUGGCUGUAGGAGAUGGAGCAAAUGAUGUAAAUAUGAUAACAGCAGCCAACAUAGGAAUAGGAAUCAAAGGAGUUGAAGGUAAUUAAGCAGCAAGGGCAGCAGAUUACUCAAUUGGAGAAUUCAGAAUAUUACAAUAACUACUACUCUAUCAUGGAAGAGAAUGUUAUAGAAGAAACCAGGUUCUGGUUGGAUACAACUUUUACAAAAAUCUCCUCAUUGUAUUACCACACUUUUGGUUCUCAUUUUACAAUGGAUUUUCACCUCUUAAUUUAUAUGAUCCGUGGCUUUAUCAAUUUUAUAAUAUGUUCUAUACAAGUGUGCCCAUAAUGGUGUAUGCAAUCUUGGAUUAACAAUAUUCAUCUAAAUUUCUAUUAAAAAGUAUACACAUUAUAUAUAUCCUUAGAUCCAUAACUAUAUCAAACUAAUAAUAAAGUGACUCUGCUCACUUUCUUUUUCUGGUUUUGCUCUGGUGGAAUACAAUCAGCCAUUGUUAUUUAUGCAGUAUUUCCAUCAAUGGAGUAAACAAGCAUAGACAAAGAAGGAAGAAUCCUCUUUCUUUCCUCAGUAGGCAUGGCAGUAUUCUGCUAUGCAAUUAUAAUAGUGAAUCUGAAGGUCUUUGUCUUCUCUUAUAUGAAUUCCAUAGGGUCUAUGCUAUUUAUAUUUGGCUCUAUAAUUCUGUAUUUGCUAACCUACAUGGUUUUGUCUUAAUUCACAGACAGAUUAGAUGUUUCGCACACAUUCAUACACUUAUUUUCUAAUAUCUAAUUUUACUUCAUUUUGAGUGGAAUACUUGUUUUAACUAUUCUGUUCGAUCUAGCAUUAUCAAGAUGGUCAAUAUUCUCGGAAUAAUAACUAUUUGAAAUCCAUAGAGUAAGGGAUGCUUAAGAGCCAGCUUCAUCAGAAAAGUCAAGAUUUGGAAGCACUCCACCUUCAUCAUUGAUGCCUCCUGAUAAAUUUGAGAACUUAUUCUAAGAAGAAGAGGAAGUCUAUGAUGAUACAUCAGUUCUUCUACCAGUUAAGCCAGUCAAAACUAGGAAAUACACUGGUUAUGCCUUUGCUUAGCAAGAGAAGAAGCUAGAUGAAGCCCUUAGGAAUGCAGAGAAUUGA